AGUGACAUGGGUCCCCACUGUGAAAACUAAAAAGAAUGCAAUCAUGUUUCUUUAAAUAGACAUUUUUUGGUAUUGUUUCCGCUGUUCUUGACACUUUCACCCUUGAGUUGGAAAAAAAUACUUGAUGGACAGCAGUCUGUGUGUAAGUAACCUCACAGUUUCCAGGACCUCCCUCAUUAUCGCCGUCAAGUGUUUACAGAGUCUUCAUUAGCAGCCAGCCCUCUAAUGAUAACAAAGCUUAAAAGAAGUCAUCAAUGGCCGCGAUAAGCAUGGCUGUGCUACUAUUUUGGUUGACACGAGUCCCCGUGUUUAUUCUUUGGAGCAUGGGAAUGGACCUCACUGCUAUGGUCCUUUCAUUUGGGCAUCUCCUUUGUCCAACAUUACCACCACAAAGCAAGGAAGUUGUUGGCCUAAAAAGAGUAUCAUUUAAAAAUGCACAACUCCAGAACAUUCUUGUUUCAGGUCUGUUUGAGUCUGGUGCUUUCUACAGGCUCCUGCACCUGCAAGCCACUCGGUAAUGACAUUCAAAACGAGGAGGUCCUUAGAGGAUUUCACUUCCAGCAGUCAGAGGUGGAUCUUCUGGAGGAGGAAGACAUGGACUCAAGGAUGGAAGACCUCCUCGGAACCAUGAAAGAAGACUUCCUGAGGAAACUCAACCUUUCCGAUGUGCCGCAGGAACACGGAAAGAUUUACCCUCCUCAGUUCAUGAUGGAACUCUACAACAAGUAUGCGUCCGACAGCACGGCGAUCCCUCAGUCGGAUGUCAUACGAAGCUUCGGUGUCCAAGACAUCACCCAUUCUGUGACAAACGGUACAGAGUGGAGGUACAGGCUGCUGUUCAACAUCAGCAUUCCCAGCCAUGAAAGGGUCACCACGGCUGAACUACAGCUCUUCUUCCUCCCCAAUGCUGGGUCAGAGGCCACCUCCCACAGUUACAAGGCCUCCGUCACUGUCUACACAGGCCAUGAACAGAAUUCCACGCCUCAAAUACUGGCUUGCAAAGAGUUGACCAGCUAUCAGAACAUGUGGGCAACGUUGGACGUCACCUUAGCGAUGCAGAAUGGCGUCAUUUUAGGCCACGGAUUAACUGGAUUGGACGUAGUGGUGGACGGGAAUGACUGUGGCGGCGAUGAAGGCUGUCUGAGCAUGAGCGUGUCAGUCGGAGAUAACACUUCGGCAGCUUUGAUCGUCUUCUCGGACGACUUUAGCAGCCGGAGAAGGGAGGCCAAAAAAGAACUGAGAGAGAUGAUGCUCCAUGAAGAAGAAACCAUCUUCUUCACCAACUGGAACAUAGAGGGUCAGCUCACCAACCAGAUUCCGGGGGCUCAGCAUCGCCGGAAGAGGAGGAAGGCGGAAAGGGAAUACUGCAGGCGAACGUCCCUCAAAGUCAACUUCAGAGACAUCGGCUGGGACAGCUGGAUUGUGGCGCCUCCGGAAUAUGACGCCUUUGAAUGCCGGGGAUUGUGUUACCACCCGCUGACGGAUGAAUCCACUCCGUCCAAGCACGCCCUCAUCCAGACGCUGAUGAACAUCAGAAACCCCAAGAAGGCUAACAUGGCUUGUUGCGUUCCCAUCAAACUGGACCCGAUCACCGUCAUGUAUCAGGAGAACGGACGCCUCACGAUUAGAUACUUGUACGAGGAGAUGAAGGUGGCAGAGUGCGGGUGCAGGUAGUCAGAAACAAUGCAACUAUUAUCUCUGUCGGCAGCAAAUUAUUAUUAUUACUACAAGUACACAUCAACAGAACAAAAUAGGGCUGUCCAAAUGAAUCAUUUCAUCCAUCAUCAUUCAGAAUCGGAUUAAAAAUGUUAACACAAUUAACCCACCUGCAGCACUAAACGACUCAAGCCCUUGAAACGUGAACAGUUCGUCCUUGUAGCACAGUGAGAUGUGUCGUGACAUGCUAUAGAAGUAAACAAGUCAAUAUGGAGGACUAAUCAGUACAAAAAAAACAUCAAGGAGACAUUACUGAUGCCAAAUGUUAUGCACACUCCGCUGGAAGUAAGGGUUUUAUUCCGGAGUAAAAUAGCACAUUCAUCACACAAAAGGAGUCACAUGUCCACAUUAACAUGGAUAAAUGUUUGUUUAGAAAAAUAUGAACAUUGUUAUGUUUGUACAGUAUAUACACACAGUUGUACCUCUAACUUAAAGUACCAGUACAGUGAAAAAACAAGUUGCCUCUAUAUGGAAGCUAUUACUCUCUCUCUCUCUCUCUCUCUCUCUCUCUCUCUCUCUCUCUCUCUCUCUCUCUCUCUCUCUCUCUCUCUCUCUCUCUCUCUCUCUAUAUAUAUAUACAUAUAUAUAUAUAUAUAUAUAUGUGUGUGUGUGUGUGUGUGUCUGUGUGUGUGUGUCUGUGUGUGUGUCAGGUUCAAACACUGAUGACAUGUAUUAAACGAGACAAGAAGCAAAGAAUUAAACAGAGACAGAAUUCAA